GCAGACACAAGAUUAUACAGGACAAAGCAUGCAGAGCAAUGCAGCAGCCACCUCGGCAGGAGCUGAUGCGUGUUCACCGUCCACACGUUGUCGCUACAAGACCGGUCGGUGUCCAAAUCCCCGGGCAGUCAAAGCGAACGGAACAUUGCUGCUGCUCUGCGAAUACCAUCGCAACCAACAGAAUCGCACCAAGAAGCGAAGUGAUAUGAAGUGUCGUCAUGAUCGCGCCAAGAAGCGCCAGGCUCAACGGGAGAAGCUUCUGAAGAAACAACUCCCGAUUCCCAUUAACCAAGUGCGCAGCGCGCUGUGCUGGUCUCCGCUCGCUUCGAUCAUCGCACCCUCAGCCGAUGACUAUGCUAUGGCGUUCGGAAGCCCAUCAACUGUGCGUGACCAGGAGAAAACGCUGGAGUCAACUAGCCCCACGGCGGUCGAUCUUGAUGUUGCGUCGAUGAACUGGGGGCCGCACUGCAUGUCCCCGAUCUCGACGCCACCAAUGUGCGAGCAGGACGAGGACGAGGAGGACGAAGACGAGGAGGAGGACGGUCUCGCCCCAGAAGAAAUUUGGCUGCUCGAGUACUUUAUCCUUUGACGAGAGGAGGCGUCAGUAUACAUGUUCCCUAAAAUCCCUCCAGACGAGGAAGCAAAAAACUCGGUACCAUCGCAGUAAAGUUGGAAAAAAAUCGGCGGCACCUAAUAAACGUCCAGU